GGCGGAGUGACUUGCAUGUUUGGAGGGUGCAUUCUGUUAAGCUGUCAACUUGCUACGUGUGCAACAGUGGAUAUGGAAGUGGACGAUGGAAAUGAGAGAAAAGAAACUUCUGCUGAAGGGGAACCAAGUACACUUAGAGUUGAAACAGAUCAAGAACCUUACGAGGGUAUGCCUUUUGAAUCAGAAGAAGCUGCUAGAGCAUUCUAUGAUGAGUAUGCAAAACGGGUAGGAUUUGUAACCCGUGUAUUGUCAUCCAGAAAGUCUGAGCGUGAUAGGUCAAUUAUCUCCCGUGGACUUGGAUGCAGUGGGCGUUCGGUUAAUCGAAAGCGAGGUGGGCAGCAGGAAGUUUGCACAGCAACGAUUUUGUUGAAGAGAGAGAAGCCUGGGAGAUGGGUGGUUAGGAAAUUUGUGAGGGACCAUAAUCAUCCGUUGGUGGGUCAAUUUCGAAAGACUCGUCGAACAUUUGAUGAGAAGGAUAAGAAAAUUCUGGAAUUAACGGCAGAACUGCGGGUUAAGAAGCGGUUAAGUGCAGCAUAUCGAGAACAGCUACUUGCUUUUAUGAAGGAUAUUGAAGGCCAUAAUGAACACCUAUCAACAAAAGUUCAAUUAGUUUUGGACAAUCUAAGUGAGUUUGAAGCUAAAAAGAAAGAGGUUUCAGACCAUAGAUAACUACAGAGUAUAGAGUGAUGAUGUGGCUGAGGAACAAGCAGGCUAGGCUUAGACCUGUGUUGCAGAUUAAUCACGAACUCAGACUUAGAUAAUAUCACAUAGUUGUCAGACACCCUCUGUUAAGACAUGAUUAUGCUAUAUGUUUUAUUUAUAAUUUCAAUAAAAUGUGGUAAUGUUUAUUUA